AUGAUCACAACAGCAACAGCAGAUACUGACAAUGACUACAAUAACCACUACGGUGGUGGUGGUGGUGGUGGUGGCGGCGGCGGUGGUGGUGGUGGUGGUGGU